CUGCUUCGGCCGGGUCUGGCGCAGGGUGUCGGGGCUCCCGGACGCCUGGCCCCGGCGCUCGAGCAGCCUCCUGUGCCUGUCCGCCUUCUCGCCCGAGCCCGGGCCCGCGCCGCCCCUGCCCCGCCAGCCGCCUCGCGGUGGCGGCGGCUGUGGCGGCCCCGGCGGAGGGGGGCCCCCCCAGCCUCCCCGCCCCCCGCCUCCCCGCCGCCGCUGCUGCUGCUGCUGCUGCUGCUGCCGCCGCCGCUUACAACUUGGAGGCGGCGGCGGCGGCGGAGGAGGCGGCGGCGGCCGCCGGGCGCUGCAGUGGGACGCGCGCGGCUGCGAGCCUGCGGGACAUGCCCCCCGCGCCGGCUCCUUGCUGGCGGCCAUGAAGAGGCAGAACGUGCGGACUCUGUCCCUCAUCGUCUGCACCUUCACCUACCUGCUGGUGGGCGCCGCCGUCUUCGACGCCCUCGAGUCGGACCACGAGAUGCGCGAGGAGGAGAAACUCAAAGCCGAGGAGAUCCGGAUCAAGGGGAAGUACAACAUCAGCGCCGAGGACUACCGGCAGCUGGAGCUGGUGAUCCUGCAGUCGGAGCCGCACCGCGCCGGCGUCCAGUGGAAAUUCGCCGGCUCCUUCUACUUUGCCAUCACGGUCAUCACCACCAUAGGUUAUGGGCACGCGGCCCCGGGCACCGACGCGGGCAAGGCCUUCUGCAUGUUCUACGCGGUGCUGGGCAUCCCGCUGACACUGGUCAUGUUCCAGAGCCUGGGCGAGCGGAUGAACACCUUUGUGCGCUACCUGCUGAAGCGCAUCAAGAGGUGCUGCGGGAUGCGCAACACGGAGGUGUCCAUGGAGAACAUGGUGACCGUGGGCUUCUUCUCCUGCAUGGGGACGCUGUGCAUCGGCGCGGCCGCGUUCUCCCAGUGCGAGGAGUGGAGUUUUUUCCACGCCUAUUACUACUGUUUCAUCACGUUGACUACCAUCGGGUUCGGGGACUACGUGGCCCUGCAGACCAAGGGCGCCCUGCAGAAGAAGCCGCUCUACGUGGCCUUCAGCUUCAUGUACAUCCUGGUGGGGCUGACGGUCAUCGGCGCCUUCCUCAACCUGGUGGUCCUCAGGUUCUUGACCAUGAACAGCGAGGACGAGCGACGGGACGCCGAGGAGAGGGCGUCCCUGGCCGGGAACCGCAACAGCAUGGUCAUCCACAUCCCCGAGGAGGCGCGGCAGGGCCGGCCCCGCUACAAGGCGGACGCGCCGGACCUGCAGUACGUGUGCUCCUGCACCUGCUACCGCCCGCAGGAGUAUGGGGGCCGCCCAGCCGCCCAGCAGAACUCCUUCAGCGCCAAGCUCGCCCCCCAGUACUUCCACUCCAUCUCGUACAAGAUCGAGGAGAUCUCACCAAGCACGUUGAAAAACAGCCUCUUCCCCUCCCCCAUCAGCUCCACCUCCCCCGGGUUACACAGCUUUACCGACAACCACAGGCUGAUGCGACGGCGGAAGUCCGUUUAGGGUGCGGGGCGUGCCGGGCAGGCGGGAAAAGUCGCUUGUCCUCCUUGACGUCACGUGCCACCGGCCCACCUCGUCUUUUCGUUCUCAUUUAUUCGUUCCGGGCAUCCUUGGUUGUGAUGGUCAUUGUCACGAUUACCUUCCCU